AGAGGCUGCCCUUCGGUUGCAGGCGAGUGGCUGAUGGUGCUGGUGCACCUCGUCAGGUACUUCAAAGGGCCGAGUGCGGUGGCCGGCGGCGAGGACGAGCCCUUCGACUGGAGCUGGUCCCAACUCUCCUUGGAGCGCUUGCAUCUCCAAAACAUUCAGUACUUCCUCCUGGGAGCAGUAACAGUCUCCUACGGAAUGUACUUCGGAAUAGGAGGCUUUCUGCAUUGGUUCUGGUACGUGCGCCGCCGCGCCGAGCCGCAUGAGUGGAAGUGCCAGCCCGAGAAGUGGCUGCCGCCGGAGCUGGAGCGUCACGAGAUCCUGGUGGGGUCGCUGUCUCUGGCCUUCACCUCGGGCCUCACGGGCUUCCUCGCGUGCUACAUCUCAAACGGCGGCUGGUCCACCGUCUACUACGACUUCGGCGAGUACGGCUGGACCUGGUGGGUGCUGCAGUGGCCGGCCAUCUUCAUCUACCAG